CAUGUGGGAAACAUUAUUCCUAAAUUUGGUAGGCAUAGUCUGUAAUUCAGGUACAGUAUACCUUUCAAUCUAGAGCGUGCUCCAUCUCCUUUGUCCGCUCUUCAGUACAUUGACCACAUAAAAGCAAGGGUGCCGGAAGUUGGACUCUGCACACCAUGGCACCUCUCAAUGUUUGCAUGGUAGGGACUGGGGAGUACACCACCGGCUUCGUCGGCGGUGGCAUGUCCGGAAGCGACAAGAAGGUUGGGGUUGUAGGCUUGACACUUUUCGACUUACGGAGGAGAGGGAAGGUUGGGAUGCUGAGUAUGGUCGGCACUUCGGGCAACAAAUUUCCAGCGAUCCGUGAGCACCUUUACAAGAACAUCACGGAAGCGUACAACGGCCUCGAUACCUCCUUCGAUUCUUUUCCGGGAAACGAGGAGAGAGAUCCGGAAGCCUACAAAAGGGCCGUUGACGCAUUAUCACCUGGUGAUGCGAUCACAAUCUUCACACCCGAUCCGACUCAUUAUCCCAUCGCACUUUAUGCCAUAGAACGCGGCAUUCACGUCAUGAUCACCAAGCCUGCGGUGAAGCUCUUGAAGGAACACCAACAUCUUCUGGAAGCAAGCCGCAAGCACAACGUCUUCGUCUAUAUCGAGCACCACAAACGGUAUGACCCAGCAUACGCCGAUGCCCGAAACCGAGCCAUCAAAGGCAGUCUCGGCGAAUUCAAUUACUUCUAUUCGUACAUGAGCCAGCCAAAGUCACAGCUUGAGACGUUCAAAGCGUGGGCGGGAAAGGAAUCAGACAUCUCCUACUACCUCAAUAGCCAUCAUAUCGACGUCAAUGAAAGUAUGGUGCCCGACUACCGGCCGACGAAGGUAACUGGAUCCGCGUCCAAAGGCAUAGCCACUGACCUGGGUUGUGUACCGGAGACCGAGGACACCAUCACAUUACUUGUGGACUGGGAGAAGAAGGACGGCUCCGGCCGAAGAGCUACAGGUGUCUAUACGGCAUCAUGGACGGCACCGCAGAAAGCUGGCGUGCAUUCCAACCAGUACUUCCACUACAUGGCCUCGAAAGGGGAGGUCCGGGUUAACCAGGCCAAGCGUGGCUAUGACGUUACAGAAGACGACAACGGGUUGAUGUGGUACAACCCUUUCUACAUGAAGUAUGCGCCGGACGAGGAAGGCAACUUCGCGGGCCAAGGAGGGUACGGGUAUGUGAGCUUUGAGAAGUUUGUUGACAGCUGUCAGGCCCUGAAGGAGGGCCGCGCAACGCUUGAUGACUUGGACAAGCGAGGUCUACCAACGCUGAAGAACACGAUUGCAACCGGUGCAAUACUCGAGGCUGGCCGAGUAAGCUUGGAUGAGAAGAGGUCUGUGGAGAUCGUGGAAAAGGACGGCCAGUGGAGUUUGAAGUGAGUAGGAUAAAUCAUUCAUACGAUUCUCUUAAUUUAUGUCCUUCGCCUGCAU